AUGGAAAUUGAGCUCAAUCCUCGAGUUCUAAAUAUUUUAGCUCGUCAGGUCAAUAGACUUCAACAGGAAAAUCUUGAAGGAGUCAAGCCUAUAUUAAAUGAAGACAACAUUGCAGAUGUUCAAGCUGAUAUUAUAGGUCCUGAUAAAUCAAAUGGCCUUUUAGUUAAGAGAAAUUAGUUCAUGGAAUUUUAUUUAUAGAGAUGAGUUUUCUCUGGAGAAUUCUGCACAGCAACGGUGAUUUAACUUUGGUCAUGAGGCCAGGAAACUGCUCCGAGUGCAUCAAGAGGCUUAAGGUUUUUCCUCUCAACACACCAGAGAAAAGGGUAGCCCUCAGGCGGAAUGCGCGCGGGAGCUGAGUAAGGCAAAGCGAGUGAAACGCGCGCCAUGAGGCUUUUAUGAUUUCUGAGUCAAUCUGAAAUAUGGGUGACGUCGGAGUCCCGGGUGACGCCAUAAUUUUAGAGCUAAAGGGUGCCGCACCCUAGUCGCCAUGCUGAAGAAGUUAAAACGCUAAUAAUUAAACUACCUAGGCCUAAUAUAUUAUAGGUCCUGAGGAAACCCCUUAUCAUGGCGGAAUUUUUCGAUGCAAGCUUGAAUUCCCUGCCGAUUUCCCAAACAGCCCUCCAAAAGGCUACUUUUUGACAAAGAUUUUUCAUCCUAACAUAUCAAAUGGAGGAGAAAUUUGUGUGAAUACUUUAAAAAAAGAUUGAAAUCCAACUAAUUGGUCGCUCUCUAACAUUUUGCAAGUUGUUAGAUGCUUAUUGCUUGAACCCUUUCCAGAAUCAGCAUUAAAUGAAGAAGCAGGAAGAAUGUUCAUGGAAAACUAUCAAGAGUACUUUAGAUAUGCUAAGCUUUAUACAUCGAUUCAUGCAAUGCCAAAAGCUGUUCAUGCUCCAGUUCGAAAAAUGCAGACUCAGCUUGACUAUAUCAAAAAAUGGAUACGCAGAGUUUAA